AUGUCAUCAUCUAAGUCAAACUACAUUCACGACAGCAACAAUAGCAGCAGCAACAGCAACAACGACGACGAAUACUUUUCUUCUGACGAUGAAAGCAUCUACGAUGGAGGUUCAAACUCCAAGGUAGUAUUGGGGUUUGUUGAUGCUCCGAUUACCGCCGAUGAUCAGCCAAGUAUAGAGGACACAUUUAUUGGCGGCCAACCCGUAUGGCUUCAUCCUGAUUCUAAACCUGAUGAGCAAUAUCUUAUAUGUAAUCACUGCAAUAAGAAAAUGGCACUUUUGUCACAAGCGUUUGCACCAAUAGACGGGAUCUUGUAUGAUCGUGUAUUGUACAUUUUUGGAUGUAAGAAUCCUGGUUGUUCACGACAAAAGGGCAGUGUCAAGGUGAUUAGAGGAAUCGAUAAAAGUGCAGAGACUGUAUCUAGGAUCAAGUCAGAGUUGGAGGAUGCUAAAGCAAAGGAAUUGGACGAGAAAUUGAAAUUGGACAAUAAAAAACAGUUGAAUCAAGAGUUGAUGAAGGAUUUGUUUAAGAAACCAGAUGCUGAGAGUAGCCAAGGUGGUGGGACAAAUCCAUUUGGUGCUCAAAAUCCUUUUGCCAAGUCUGGGGACAAGGAUAGUAACCCAUUUGGAUCCAACCCAUUUGCAAAGCCAGAAGAGAAUAAAUCAAAUGAUUUACAGUCAAUGACGACGCAGCAGAAGAAACAGGAAGCUGCUAUGGAGAAAGUUACAAAGCCCGUGUCUAAGUCGAAGCCAACAAAAGAGAAUGAGCAACCAAAGGAAUCGCAAUCAUUUGCUGAGGUUGUUGCGCAAAAUGCUCCAAAGCAAGUUGAAACAAAAGUCAAGACGUUAGAAGGUGACCUUCCAGAAUACAUUGGUAAUUUUGUGUUUGUUGAGCCUGAAAAGUUCAAAAAGGACAAGACGUCGGAUGCCGAACUUGCAAAGUACAAGCAUCUUAUUGAGAAGAAUAACAGUGAGGGCAAUGGUGGCAGUGGUGCUGGUGGUGACGAUGACGAUGGUAUUUUUGGAUUGGGUGGUGGCUCGUCAAGUAGACGAGGUUCGCAAUCAUCGGCUGUAUUGGAUCCCCAAACACAAGGUAUUUCCAAUAUGUUGGAUGACAAAUACUUUGAGAAUUUCUCAAGUACAGUUAAGCACAAUCCAGGCCAGGUUUUGCGUUAUGAUCUUCACGGUAGACCAUUGCUUUAUAAUGGGAAAGAUGAUGUUGCGAAGAGGUUUUUGGUCAACCCCCCUAAUAUUCCAAGACCGGGGUACAAUCCUUCUAGUGAGCGAAGGUUUGAGUUGCAAUUGAUGCCAAAAGCAAUCAUGGACCUUGAAGGGUUAGAUAUUGAUGGAGAUGAGAAAGAGGGAAGAGGCAAUAGUAAAGUGGAUAUUAAGGAUAUUCUUAAUGGUAUGAGUUGGGGUACGAUUAUUGUGUGCACUGAUGUUGAAGAUUAUAUUCCUGAUGAUAGAUUCGAUGAAAAUGGGGUUGCAUAUAUAGAGGAAUGGUGUGGAGUGCAAUGGGAAGAGAGUGUAUAA